AUGGAGGUUUGUUUAACAUGAAUGUCAGCGUUCCUUCAUCACCCCGCAGCUCGCCACCUGUCAGUCAAACACACCAGGACAUGUGACCUGCUGGAGGCGGAGCAUCAGGCUUCAAAACAGCAGCGCUCAGAGGACUGGGACCAGAAACCAGCACCAGGACCAGGACCAGGACCAGCACCUGCAGCAGACAGCCGACCACCCGACAGUAAGAGUAUGCAGUGUGUACGUUGCCCCGCCUUCUUCAUCCUCGUGGGGUUGGUUCUCUGCAAUCCGGUUUUCUCUCAGCCUGACGGAGACCAGGACCAGUACCAGAACCAGGACCUGGACCUGGAGCUGCAUCAUCGCCGGCUGCUGCAAAAAGCUCGGAGUGCAGGACUCCUCACACAGGAGUGGAGCAAGCGUGCGGUGGAGGACCUGCUGGCCCAGAUGUCCCUGCCCGAGGCCGACGCCCACAGGGAGGCUGAGAUGGUUUCCACGGCAACGGGAGGAGGAAGGAUGAACCAGGAGCGGUCCAUCGAACCCCCCAACAGUCUGCCCCCCCGCGAACGCAAAGCCGGCUGCAAGAACUUCUACUGGAAGGGCUUCACUUCCUGUUAA